CAACUCAGCGAAGAUGUACGCGAGAUAAACGCCAAAAUGCAAAAAAAAAUUCUCGUAAGUAAAAGAAUUUGAAUAAUUUAACUAAAAAACAAAUGUGGAUCCUCCUUAGGUUAUAGAUGUGACAAAUAAUAGGGGCAAUAUUCCCAUUAAGGAAACACAAUCUAGUACUGAUCCGGUUAAGGAAUAUUCCCUUUUUUUAAGGAAACACAAUCUAGUACUGAUCCGGUUAAGGAAACAAAUUAAGUCCACGAAUAUGAAUAUAAAUACCCAACCGCAUGCAGGAAGGCCAAGUCCAAAAGCUUUUUGCAGUUGUGAAGGACAAAGAUGGCCAAGUUAUGUGCUUCCUUUUACUUGCUGCUACUCAUAUUCAUCUCAGUGAAAACAAUGGUUCCAACUGUGAAUGCCAAAUGUCAACUAGCAGUAAUUGGCGGUGGUUGUCCUGAUACCAGAGCAUGCCUUGAGACAUGUCGUCCUUGUUACCGGGGUUACGGGAUAAUCUCGGUAUUCUGCCGCCCUGCCGGUGGAGGAAUUCCAUUCGAUGAAUGUAUUUGUGUGUUUAAGAAUGGAGCCCCUUGCAACCCAAUUGGUCCUCCAAGAUGUCCCAAACCUCCUGCUGCUAUAUUUAUCAAUGACACUAGUACUGUGUAAGA